AGAACAAUGGGACGCUACGUCGGAUGGCUUCUAUUUAUCUGGAUCUUCUGUCUCAGCUCGGUGCUCGGUCAGGUCAGCUACACCAUACCUGAGGAGAUGGCGAAAGGCUCUGUAGUUGGUAAUGUAGCACAGGAUUUCGGUUUGGAUGUGAAGAGACUGAAGUCAGGUAAAGCCCGUAUUUUUACCCGUGACAGCAUCGAAUAUGUCGAGCUGAACAGGGAAAAAGGGGUCCUCGUUAUCAAAGACCGAAUAGACAGAGAGGCCAUCUGCGGACAAACGACGCCUUGUGCGCUCCAUUUUCAGAUCAUAUUAGAAAACCCGAUGGAAUUCUACAGUAUAAAUAUCGAGAUUACAGACGUGAAUGAUAACGCCCCAGUGUUUGAAAAAACAAACGUGAAACUUAAAAUCAGCGAGUCUGCUGUAAGUGGAGCUAAAUUCAUAUUAGACAUGGCAAAUGAUCCUGACGUCGGAACGAAUGGCUUACAAACUUAUAUCCUAAAACCAACCGUUAACUUCUCUCUUAGAUUACACAGUCAAGCAGGGGAUAUUACAAACAUCGAAAUGGUUUUAGAGAGACCUCUCGAUAGAGAACAAAAUGAACACCUCUCUUUAGUGUUAACGGCAGUCGAUGGCGGAGAGCCCCAGAUGUCUGGAACAAUGCAGAUCCUGAUCUCCGUUUUAGACGUCAAUGAUAACGCUCCCGUUUUCACCCAGUCUGUUUACAAAGCGUCUAUUAAAGAAGGGGCUCCGUUAGGCACCAUUGUUACUACGGUUACUGCGACUGAUGCAGACGACGGAGAUAAUGGUAAAAUAACGUACUCGGUUUCAAGCAAAUUAGGUAAUACAUUAGGAAUAUUUGAAGUAAAUGAAAACAAUGGUCAGGUAAGGUUGAUCAGAAAUAUUGACUACGAAAAAGCACGAGCUUUUCAAAUAAAUAUACGUGCUAGUGAUGAGGGAGGUCUGGUCGACUCCUGUAAAUUAAUUGUCGAUGUCAUAGAUGUGAACGACAACACACCUGAUAUUCACAUUAUGUCUAAAUCCAAUGUGAUAUCAGAAGACGCUAAACCUAACACAGUCGUAACCAUGAUCAAUAUAGAAGAUGCAGAUUCAGGUGAAAAUGGAAAAGUGAAAUGCUCCAUAAACGAUGACAUUCCUUUUGCCUUGAGGUCGACAUCUGAUAACUUCUUCAGCUUAGUGACGGACAGUGAUUUAGACAGAGAGAAAGAGUCAGGUUUUAAUAUCAGUGUGACGUGUUCUGAUGAGGGAGUGCCUUCGCUUUCCAGCAGCGUCACAAUCGCCCUUCAGAUCCUAGACGUCAAUGAUAACGCGCCUGUCUUUCUAAAAAAAUCAUACGAAGGAUACAUCGUAGAAAACAACGUCCAAGGUGUCUCUAUAUUCACACUGAACGCAAGAGACGCAGACUGGAACCAGAACGCUCGUGUCUCUUAUAUACUAGAGGACUCCUCUUUAAACGGCGUGCCCGUCUCCUCUUAUGUGUCUGUUAGUGCAGACAGUGGAGUUAUACAUGCAGUCCGCUCCUUUGACUACGAGCAGAUUAAAGAUUUUCAGUUCUGUGUUAAAGCUCAAGAUGGAGGCUCUCCUCCCCUCAGUAGUAAUGUGAGUGUGAAAAUACUGAUCCAGGACCAGAACGACAACGCCCCUCAGGUUCUGUAUCCAGUCCAGACUGGUGGUUCUCUGGUGGCUGAAAUGGUGCCUCGUUCAGCAGAUGUGGGCUAUCUGGUCACUAAAGUGGUGGCUGUUGAUGUGGACUCUGGACAGAAUGCCUGGCUCUCCUAUAAACUACAGAAAGCCACAGACAGGGCGCUGUUUGAAGUGGGCUUACAGAAUGGAGAAAUAAGAACUAUCCGCCAAGUCACCGAUAAAGAUGCUGUGAAACAAAGACUGACUGUUAUAGUGGAGGACAACGGACAGCCCUCUCGUUCAGCUACAGUCAUUGUUAACGUGGCGGUGGCGGACAGCUUCCCUGAAGUGCUCUCGGAGUUCACUGACUUUACACACGACAAGGAGUACAAUGACAACCUGACUUUUUACUUGGUCUUGGCUUUGGCUGUGGUUUCCUUUCUCUUCAUCACGUGUUUAGUGGUGAUCAUAUCAGUGAAAAUCUACAGAUGGAGACAGUCUCGUAUCCUGUAUCAUUCCAGUCUCCCGGUGAUCCCAUAUUAUCCACCACGGUACUCAGACACUUUGGGGACAGGGACUCUCCAGCACGUGUACAAUUACGAGGUGUGCAGGACCACUGACUCCAGGAAGAGUGACUGUAAGUUCGGCAACGCUGGUAGUCAGAACGUUCUGAUAAUGGACCCCAGUUCUACAGGGACCAUGCAGCGAAUACAGAGUGAAAAGAGCAUCCUGGAUGAACCAGACUCUCCACUAGAGGUUAGAAAAGUAUGAUUUUCCGUUUGGUAUUGUGCUUGUUUUUCCACAAAUAUUUUUUCCUCGAAAAAUGUUGCCAAGUGGAAGUCAUUUAGUACGUGUGACUUGAUGAUGCUGACUUUUGAGGGUCAUUGAUUUUAUUGAAUUAGAUAUGCGUGUUGCAUUUCAAUGAAACAGACAAAUAGCUGUGUGAAUGUUACAUUCAUAGAUGCAUUUUCAAAUCGGCUGUUAUCUCCAGUUUUUUGGGUGACAGAGGAGGUACAUUCUAACUUUGUUAUGAACACAUUGAACGUUCAAUGCAGGUUCAUUCUGUUUUACUGACCUCAGCUACAUUAGAAUACAAAACAAAUAUCCCCACAGACUGUAGUGCUGUACAUGUGAAUGGUUCAGUCUUCUAUCUUCAUUGCUUAACUUACUGUCCAAAUAAUAGUAUCAUCAAAUCAACAUUCCAGAAAAAGCCACUUACAAACCGGCUCUAUUGUUGAGCUGCCUCAUCUGCAUGGAACAUUACUGCAUUCUAGCAACUGCAUUUCAGAACCAUGGACAGUGGAAGCUACGAGUCUUCACUCCGGCGUACCCAUUCCGCUACUCAAACUCGUUUGGUCUUCAUCAUUCCACAAUUUACCUUUAACGUCAACA